AUGUGGGGCGGACGUCUGUGGUCCUGCUCGUCGUCCUCCUCCCCCACCCUUCUGCAGCUGCUGCUGGCGGCGCUGUUGACGGCGGGGGCGCGGGCCAGCGGGGAGUACUGCCACGGCUGGCUGGACGCGCAGGGCGUCUGGCGGAUCGGCUUCCAGUGUCCCGAGCGCUUCGACGGCGGCGAUGCUACCAUCUGCUGUGGCAGCUGCGCCUUGCGCUACUGUUGCUCCAGCGCCGACGCACGCCUCGACCAGGGCGGCUGCGACAACGACCGCCAGCAGGGGGGCAGCGAGCCCGGCCGCUCGGACAAAGACAGCCCCGACGGCGCCGCAGUGCCUAUCUAUGUGCCGUUCCUCAUCGUUGGGUCAGUGUUCGUUGCCUUUAUCAUCUUGGGAUCUUUAGUAGCCGCCUGCUGCUGCAGAUGUCUGCGGCCCAAGCAGGAGCCGCAGCAGAGCAGAGCCCCUGGAGGUAAUCGAUUGAUGGAAACCAUUCCCAUGAUUCCAAGUGCCAGUACCUCUCGCGGAUCCUCCUCCCGUCAAUCGAGCACCGCUGCCAGCUCCAGUUCCAGUGCCAACUCGGGUGCCAGAGCUCCCCCUACGAGGUCACAGACCAACUGCUGCUUGCCAGAAGGGACCAUGAAUAAUGUAUAUGUCAACAUGCCAACUAAUUUCUCAGUGUUGAACUGUCAGCAGGCUACCCAGAUUGUGCCGCACCAAGGACAAUACCUGCACCCCCAGUAUGUGGGCUACACGGUACAACAUGACUCCAUGCCUAUGACACCUGUGCCACCCUUCCUGGACGGUCUGCAGACUGGGUACAGGCAGAUCCAGUCUCCUUACCCCCAUGCCAGUAGCGAACAGAAGAUGUACCCAGCAGUGACUGUGUAA